AUGCCGCCGAAGGCGCAUAAAAACGCGAUGGCGAUCGUCCAAUUUACGGAUGGCAUUGUUUACAUCUGUAAAUUGACGGAUAUAAGUGUGACAAAAAAAAAUCACCACGCCGUGAGGUACAAAGAUCGCAAGAAAUAUGCUGCACAUGUUCUUAUCUUAAGCGCUAAUCUUGAACUACUCAACGAAGUACUACAGCAUCUUCAGACUGAUUUACCCCACGUUCAUCUCGAAAAAGUUACGUACACAGGCACACGCUCUUCCAGUUCUCGUCUAUUGCAACAAGCGAAAAGUAACCUAGAAGAUGGUAAUAAGCUGUUUGUGAAUGAAGAUUUCCUACCAGAUAUUGACAGCACUGAAAAUGGGCUUUUCUGCAAAUUCUCAUUUAGAGAAAGUUCCACAGAUGCUGGCAAAGAUUCAUUCUUCCUCGAAGCUGAUGUGCUAAAAGCUAAACAAGUGUCUGAACUCAGGACUACUCAAUCAAAGGUCUUAUCGUCGCUCAAGCCAAGGGUGGUGAAUAUUGAAACGGUCAAUUACGACUUACUCAGAGCUCCAAGCAGAGCUGAUAACACAUAUACCACGGAUGGAUUCUCGUCAUUUGAUCUGGAAGAAAAUCGUGGUCAGGAUAUUCACGUUCACCGCAAUUCUGUUGAUGAUUUGCUAAAUAUGUCGAUGGAACAUCAGCUUGAUAAUAUGAUAUCGUCCAAUGAUUACCCAAAAGCUGUGAAAUCGCCACAAUCGUUCGAUCUUGACAAUCCGCCUCCUUUGAGCUCCACAGUUAUAGAGUCAACCGUGUCACAUAUUGCAACUGAUAUCAUCGAAGAUGAAACUUUUGAUGAUUACUUAGAAAAAGACAAGGAUUAUCAAGUGAUAGAAGAGAGCGAUACUACUGAUAGCGAAGAAUCAAUAGAAUCACCAAGUCACAAAUCUGAGGAGGAGCCUAUUACAUUUACAUUUUCAAAUAAGGUAGUGUCAGCUCCUGAUGAUAUCAAUCUGAUCGUUGACAAUUCUUCAACUUCGACAAGUACAAAAAAAUAUUUUUGCUUGUACUGCCACAAAAUGCAGACUAAGUUAGCAAGACAUUUGGAAACGGUACACAGUAAUGAAGCGGAUGUCAAAAAAUUCAUUGGCCUCCCCAAAGGUAAUUCUGAACGGCAAGAAAUUAUUGCGACUCUUCGAAAACAUGGCAAUCACAUUUUAAAUACAGAUAGAAGAUUCAAUAAUGGCUCGUUGUUAGUAUGCAGGCGUCCUAACCCAAGAAUGAAGAAGACUGCGAAAGAUUUCAUUCCUUGUGCAAAAUGUAAAGGCCAGUACGCUAAGUCGGUCAUUCGUCAUCAUUGGCGUCAUUGUACAAAACUUCGCGGUGAAAAUGGUAGAAUUAUAAUGGUCAAAGGACGAGCAAUAAUGGCUCGCAUUCAUGAGAAGGCAGAGGCUGACGUCAUAGUGAGAAUCUUUGCAUACAUGCGUGAAGAUGACAUAGUCCGGACCAUUCGCUAUGACGAAUUAAUAAUCUUAUUUGCUAACAAACAGUAUGAGAGUUACAGUGUAUCUCAACAUUUUUUUCCAAUGAUCCGAGCACGUCUAAGGCUGUUGGGCCGCUUUCUCGUCGCCAUAAAAAGAAUCAAUGCUGAGAUAUCUGACUUUGCAUCAAUUUACAAACCCGGACACUACGACAACUGCAUUGUCGCAGUCAAAGAGGUGGCAGAGUAUGAGCCCCGGACUAGGAAAUUUUUGCAUCCCACAGUUGCGUCAACUCUUGGAACUCUAUUGAAACAGGUUGGUGAAAUACUACGAUCCAAGUACAUCAAAUCCGAAGAUGUACAGAAACAAAAACAAGUUGAAGAUUUUUUGAAAUUACACAGCGAGGAUUAUGGUACUUCAAUAAAUAAAGCGGUGACUGAAACGCGAAGCCAGAACAUUAGACGAAAAAAAGUUCAACUUCCUAGUACAACAGACAUAAAAAUCCUUCAAGAUUAUUUGAAGAUUGAGCGAGCAAAAUACACAACGAUUCUAGAAAAGAAAUUUUGUUAUACAGCAUGGCAGAAGCUCGCAGAAGUUACAUUGGUUUCCCUGCAAAUAUUUAAUCGACGUCGACCAGGUGAAAUUGAGCGGCUUCAGAUAGAAGAUUUUGAAACUCAUGAAGGAAUGGACUCGUUUGCAGACAAAGAGGUCUUCGAUUCUAUGACACCGGAGGCUCAACGUCUUGCUAGAAAUUAUGUAUCUGAUUUGGCAAAUUUUAUGGGACAUCAUGACAAAAUACAUAAGGAAAUUUAUCGCCAACCAAUUGCACAGCGAGAUAUUGUAAAAAUUUCCAAACUGCUGGAACUUGCUCAGGGAAGCACAAGUGAUCAACGCACGGAUCAAAAGAGUGCAACCGAAAGUGAGGAAGAAGAAUUGGUUGACGAUCAUUGUCAUGAGCCAAGUAUUGAAUGCUCGCAGACUUCGCAGGAUGAGGUUGCUGAUUGCAAGUCGAUUGAUACUCUUUCGAAAAAAGCAACUACCGAUCGUAAGAGAAAGGUCACAAAAGAUGUACAGGAUGAAGAUUCUAACUCGUCAAGGAGUUCAAAAAAAACAACUGCAGGCAGCAAAAGAAGAAAAGUCGUACGGGAAGUGCCGGAUGAGGAUUUUAACUUGGUAACAUGUUCUAAGAAAAAGACCACUGCAGGCAGUAAAAAGAAGGUCACAACAUGUACAGCUCAAAGUACUGAUAAUGAACAAAGUUAUGGAUCUACGUGCAGUUCAACAAGUAGACGUUCAUGGACGAACAAAGAACAGGCUGCGGUAUUGAAACCUUUCAGAAAAUAUUUAACGGGUAAGAAGUUACCCUCGCUCUCAGACAUUGGUGAUGUCAUUGCUCAAAAUGAAUGUCUUCAUGGGCGCACGGCUCCGCAGGUAAAGACAUGGAUCCAUAAUGAAAGAAAAAAAAUGUACCGUUAA